GCGCUGACCUGUGUCAAAGGAAGAUAAGUGCUUCUCUAGCUGCUUCCUUGCUAUCUUUAAAUAUAUGGGAGUUGACAAAGCAUAGAUUGUGCGACGGCGGAUGCGGAAGCCCUGCAACACAAUUCUCGGGUCUUUGUCUGCGUGGUUUACCUUCUGGAGCCUGAGCAAGAUAAUGUGUGCGUGGUUCGUCCUCCUCCGGUGCUCUUCCAAUUGGGCAUUCCGCUCCUCCACAAGCCCUGAUGGCACUUUGUCCAGGUCUCUUGACCUCAUGGACGAGGAGGCACACGGAGGCUCACAUGAACCUUCCAAUAAAAGGUCCCGAUUUUACAUUAGAAGAGAUGACAAGAAUUCCAGAUGGUCUGCAUUCCCGAAUUUGAUAUACUGCGAUGCGCAUAUGGGCGUGUUGCGACCGCGAGGUCAGCGCUUUCCAGCUUCGGUUCACACGAUGGGAUGCGAGUUCCGAUACAAAGCUUAAGAGCUAGAAGAAGACUAAAUGUGCGGGAGUUGCUAGUUUCGCCAGAAUAAUAA